UAUUUACACAAAGCCUUAACUGCAGACUUAAAUUCAAGUUCAAACCCUCGUCCCUUUCUUCUCCUCUCACGUCCCCAGCCAGGACCUAUCUAACAUUUCCACCGGCCACAUCCAGACCGAAACAGCCAUGUCUGAGAAACUGCCCUUCAAAGUCGCUGACAUCAGCCUUGCCGAGUGGGGCCGUAAGGCUAUCGAAAUCGCGGAGAACGAGAUGCCUGGCCUGAUGAAGAUGAGGGAGAUGUACGGCCAGUCAAAGCCCCUGAAGGGCGCCCGCAUCGCCGGCUGCUUGCACAUGACCCUGCAGACUGCUGUCCUCAUUGAGACACUCACUGCACUGGGGGCUGAGGUUCAGUGGUCCAGCUGUAACAUCUUCUCCACACAGGAUCACGCUGCAUCUGCCAUUGCCAAGACUGGCGUUCCAGUAUACGCAUGGAAGGGCAUGACCGAUGAGGAGUACGUGUGGUGCAUUGAGCAGACCAUCUACUUUAAGGACGGACAGCCCCUCAACAUGAUCUUGGACGACGGUGGAGACUUGACCAACCUGGUGCACACGAAAUACCCCAAACUGCUCUCAGGGAUCAAGGGUGUGUCUGAGGAGACCACCACUGGCGUCCACAACCUGUACAAGAUGAUGAAGAAGGGAGAACUCAAAAUACCUGCCAUCAACGUCAACGACUCAGUCACCAAGAGCAAGUUUGAUAACCUGUACGGUUGCAGAGAGUCUCUGAUUGAUGGCAUCAAGCGUGCCACUGACGUCAUGAUCGCCGGUAAGGUGGCCGUGGUCGCUGGCUAUGGAGACGUUGGCAAGGGCUGCGUUCAGGCACUGCGUGGGUUUGGUGCCAGGGUCAUCGUCACAGAGAUCGACCCCAUCAAUGCUCUGCAAGCCUCCAUGGAAGGCUACGAGGUGACCACCAUGGAAGAAGCAUGCAAGGAAGGAAACAUCUUUGUGACAACUACUGGCUGCGAGGACAUCAUCAUGGGCAGGCAUUUUGAGCAGAUGAAGGAUGACUCUAUCGUUUGCAACAUCGGCCACUUUGACUGUGAAAUUGAUGUGGCAUGGCUCAACGAAAAUGCUGUCAAAGUCAACAUUAAACCUCAGGUGGACCGCUACCGCCUGAAGAACGGCAGACACAUCAUCAUUCUUGCCGAGGGGCGAUUGGUCAACCUGGGCUGUGCCAUGGGCCACCCCAGUUUCGUCAUGAGCAACUCCUUCACCAAUCAGGUGCUGGCGCAGAUUGAGCUCUGGACCAACACCAGCAAAUACCCCCUGGGAGUCUACUUCCUGCCAAAGAGGCUCGACGAACAGGUUGCUGCUGCCCACCUGGAUAAGCUGGGAGUGAAACUGACCAAGCUGUCGGAGAAGCAGGCCAGCUACCUGGGUCUGCCCAAAGAGGGCCCCUUCAAGCCAGACCACUACCGCUACUGAGCACCAAAGCGUCUGGAGGCUGGCUAGACAUCCCACAGGGAGAGGGAGCGAAAGAGCGAGGGAAGCUGUGUGUGUGUGUGUGUGUGCGCGCGCAAAAGUGUGACUGUGUGUGAUGUGCUUGUUACUCGUUAGAGCCCUCCUCUGGCAACCUGCUGUGCUUCUGCUGGUACCACAGAAAACGCCCCCCCCCCCCCCCCCCCCCCAAUUAAUCGUGUCCAAAAAGUUUUGUAACAUUAACCUUUUACAGAAACAAACACAUAUGUGUAAGAUAGCUUCCAGAAGCGUCAUUCGCAAGCAAAAUGGCAUUCCUAGUUUUGUUUAUGACUUAAAUUAAGGAGUUGAGAAUCAUGCACAGCUGCAGAGGGGUGUUAGCAUGGCUUCUAUGGCUAGCUGCAUCCAGUGCUUUGACUGACACCACAAUUCCAGAAACCUCAAGUCCUAUUGGCAAUGUCUCCAUGUCUUAAUUUCAGAUUCAUAAUGUAACAGUUCCCCAGUCAAACGGUUUCUGUCUUAUUUCUUCUAUGGUCUUGGCUGAGAAGAGAGUCGCUGUUGGCUGCCACGGAAAUGCCAACAGAUGCACGUAACCCUCCUGUGUCAUUUUCAUAUUGUGACUUUAUGCACUUAUUAAAAGACACAUGAAACGGA